GCAAUGAUCAUAAAAACACAUUAUCAGAACUUCACAGUGUAACCUAUGUGCUUAGCAAAUAUUGUUAAAAUGAGGUUUUGACCAAUAAAGGGUCAGGGAUAUUAGUAUAAAUUGGUCAAAAGGGUGAGGGUUUCUUUAAAACUUGAUCGGGCAAUUUACUCCCUAUCUGACUCUCAUUCAGUUCUGAGCAAAAUGAAGGGCUCCAUUUUCACUCUGUUUCUACUCUCUGUCCUAUUUGCCAUCUCAGAGGCGAGGAGCAAGGAGAUUGUGAAGCUCUGUGGGCUGGAGUACAGAAGAACAGUCAUAUACAUCUGCGCCAGCUCCAGGUGGAGAAGGCACCUGGAGGGGAUCCCUCAAGCUCAGCAAGGUGAGAAAAGAAACUACUUUCAACUCCCAAAUAGACAUGAGGCUUCUGAGGAAAACAUAGCCCAGGACCUGCCCAAAGUGGAUUCCUCAGGCGAGGAACAUGUUGGGGAUGGACAGAUACCCACGGAAAGGCGUUGGGAGUCAAAGAAACAUUUGGUGAUGUCAAGACAAGACUUAGAAACUUUGUGCUGCACGGAGGGCUGUUCCAUGACUGAUCUGAGCACACUUUGUUAAGGCAAAAGCAAAUUCUCGAUGGGUGGCGGAGCUUUAGCAUGCAUUUAAUCUCCUUGUUCUACUGCCUUGUAGGAUGCUAGUAUUCCAUCAUAGAACAUGGCUUUCAGUUGGCAGGUCUUUUCUAAAAGCUGUAUCUAGUGGUUAAAAACACAGUGAGGCCUAUUUUCUCCCUUUGCCAAGGUGAAUGCACUUUUUUUCCAAUUCUAAAUAAUGCUUUGAAAUUUAAAAUACUGUGCAAAUUGAAAUAAAAAUGCCAUUAAACCAA